AUGAGAACUUACGCCAUUGUUCUUAUAACAUGCGGGUGUGUGAUAGCGAGUGCAGUGAUUUUAUGGUGUGUUUGUAGCUAUGGAGGCCGUAAGAAGAAGAAAGCAGCGCCACCCACGUACACAUCUAGUGCUCUUAGGCCAACGCCAAGGCCAAGCCGUGACCUUGAACUUGGGGAAGCUAAGAAUGGUGGGAUGACUAUUCUUGCUGGGGCUGCUGCUGGCUUAGCUACUGCAGCUGUGGUUACCAGUUUAACCAAUGAUGGUGGCGGAGGAGGAGGAGGAGGAGAGGAAGGGGGAGGUGAUGGUAGCGGUGGUGAUGGCGGUGGUGGUUGUGGAGGUGGAUGUGGUGGGGGCUGUGGCGGUGGUUGUGGUGGUGGCUGUGGUGGUUGA